UACUCGGCCAAGUGCUGCACCUUAGCAACAGGGAAAGCACUCCCCGCGUUCCAGAACGCAUGCGCCUUGUAUUGAAGACGCGAAGGAAAAUGGCGGACGAUCAGCAGCCCAUGCAGACAGGAGACGCGGGAAACGCCGCCACGGGCGAGCCGCAGGCCAUGGAGACGCCGCACGAGAAGCUGGGGCUCACCGAGAACGUCCAGAUGAUCACAGCCGAGAAGGAGGCGGCGGAAAAGCCGAUAAAGCAGAAAGUCGAACUGCAGUCCCUGCCGACGCGGGCGUACUUGGACCAAACAGUCGUUCCCAUCCUACUCCAGGGACUCUCCACCCUGGCGAAGGAGCGCCCGCCAAACCCCAUAGAGUACCUCGCAGCCUAUCUACUCAAGAACAAGUCCAAGUUCGAGGAACAGUGAAGGCGCCCGUACAAGCCUGGAGCCGUACAGAUGACCUCUGCAGUUCGUAUUUUGACCCUCCCGGAGAUACCGCCUCUACUACACCCAGGUGACAACCGGUUUCCAGGACAGUCUACAGUUGCAUCACUUGGGAUUUCAGCACAACACACGGCGUUUGGACAACUUCAUACGAGACAACCAACUAUGGGGCGACCAACAUACACAGGAAAAAAGACUUUAACUUUUAAGGACCUUAAAGAGACCUUAGAUGUUAUAUUUUAGUCCAUAUAUGUACAUAACAGAGCAGAGAGGUACCCACAGUGCCAGAUAUUUGCUGAAAGACCAACCUAGUACUACUAGUUAGUAGUGAACCUACCUACAUCAUCUGUAAUAACUUUUUUCUCUCCUACUCAAGCAAUACUCUUACACGUGGAUAUACAUGUGGGGACCUAGAAUGGUGAAUUGGAUUUGGGCAAUUUGACACUGUGGAAUAGCUGAAGCCCAACUACUAGUAUAUCUGGUACAUUCAGAUCACCAACUACAUGUGCAAGAGGCCCCACAGUCAACAACAAACCAUUGAAAGUUGGCAAUUGCCACCAUAAACUACCAUAGUGCACCAAAGCUCCUACUUGAAUCCUGAACCCUAUUGUUAGGCAGGAAUCCAACAGGUGUAAGUUAUUGUCAGUUGGCAGGACAGGAGCAAGAAGCCUUGUACUUUACCAACCGCCUUGCACCUAGGUUUGUGUUAUACCUGUACCUGAAUUACCGACAUGCCCACAGCCGUUUAGACCACCAUACUGCAUUCCUUUUACAUGAUAC